GAAAAACAUUUCCAAAAAUACGGUUUUAGUGAAAAGUUGUACAAAAACUAUUGAGCGCACUGUACGUAUUAAGUCACCGUUCGGUUCUAGGCUGAACGGGAGUCCAGUCCGAGCCUCCACCCCCUCUCCCCCCUCACAUGGGGCUGAACGCGUCCAGAUCGUCAAAGAUGCCAGAGACAGCGCGAGGCAGCAGUUUCCAACCCUCUGCCUCCCGUGGGGAAGGGAAAAACUAUCGUGUUUACAGUGAAGUACCGCGGCCGCUAUUCGCUUGAUAAAUUAAUGGUAUAUAGGACUACUGUCAUAGAUACUUAUGUGACUGUUACGUCUACACCAUUUUCUAACAUUUGGAUAAGGACGAUUCGCUUUUCAACAAGAACACUGCAAAGCUGGACGCAACAACCUUGUUGCCUUGAGUCAGCUUUGUAAUGAGUUAUUUGCUUCAAGAUGGCUGCACCUGCACUGAAGAACUUUUCUCAGUUGCAUCCAGUACAAGAGAUACAGCACAGUAAAUUAGAAAGCAUAAUGAAGAGCUCUCCUCCAGUUGUCUGUUCACCAGUUCAGUACAAUGGAAGUUUAUCCAGUUUACCAGUGGAUCAUGGUACUGUCUGCAUUCCUUCACCAUAUAUGGAAAAUGCUCAUGAUUUUUCAGCAAUGGCCUUCUACCAUUCUUCUGUCUUGGGUUACAGUCCUCCAUGUAAUGGCAGUGAAUCAGAAAGCAUGGCUUCAAGGUCAUCUUUAAGUCCGAAUAUGAUGUGGUCUUCUUCUGGGCACCUCUCUCCUUUGACCAUACACUGUCAACAGCCAUUGAUGUAUGCUGAACCUCCUAGAAGUUCAUGGAGUGAUGUGAGAUCUGGGGAACACAUGCAUCCCGUGGACAGGGAAUGUGUGAAAAGAAAAGUUGCUGCAGGUGCUGAUCUAAGUGUCUCUAUUGACAGUCCUUUGAAACGGGAUACACAUUUUUGUGCAGUUUGCAGUGACUAUGCAUCGGGUUAUCACUAUGGUGUCUGGUCCUGUGAAGGAUGCAAAGCAUUCUUUAAAAGAAGUAUUCAAGGCCACAAUGAUUACAUUUGUCCAGCUACAAACCAGUGCACAAUCGACAAAAACAGAAGGAAAAGCUGUCAAGCAUGUCGGCUGAGGAAAUGUUAUGAAGUUGGAAUGAUGAAAUGUGGUACAAGAAGAGAACGUUGCCAUUAUCGAAUCAUACGGCAGAAGCGCCACACAGAGAAUGCAUUGCAGAUGAAUGGCAAAGCAAAGAAGAAUUGCGAAACUAUGACAGUCCAGCUGAAGGCCAGUAGUUUAAGUGGUCUAAGUUCAGAACAAUUUGUUUCAUUACUAGAAGAAGCAGAACCUCGAGAGGUGAUCUUAUCCUAUUAUCCUUCAAAACCUUUCACACAGGCCAGUAUGAUGAUGUCAUUGACGAAGCUGGCAGACGCAGAACUAAUUCAUAUGAUUAGCUGGGCAAAAAAAAUUCCUGGUUUUUUGGAACUUAACCUUUAUGACCAAGUACGGCUACUGGAGUGUUGCUGGCUGGAGGUUUUGAUGGUGGGCCUGAUGUGGCGAUCUGUUGAUCAUCCCGGUAAACUUCUGUUUGCACCAAACUUUACAUUAGAUAGGGAUGAAGGCAAAUGUGUGGAAGGAAUAGUGGAAAUCUUUGACAUGAUGCUGGCUACAAUUUCAAGGAUUCGAGAUUUGAAACUGCAGCGAGAGGAGUAUCUUUGCCUCAAGGCUAUGAUCCUUCUAAACUCCAGUGUGUUUCCUCUUACCAGAGAAAGCAGUUCUGAGAACAGACAAAAACUGCAAAGUCUGCUCAAUGCAACGACAGAUGCCUUAGUGUGGUUUAUAGCUAAAAGUGGAAUUCCGCAUCAGCAACAAUCAACACGUCUAGCUCAGUUGUUGAUGCUACUUUCUCAUAUUAGGCAUGCAAGUAACAAAGGCAUGGAACACCUAUACAGCAUGAAGUGUAAAAAUGUGGUUCCCCUUUAUGAUUUGCUCCUGGAGAUGCUGGAUGCUCACCUCUUACACAGUCAGAAACCAGAGUUUGUUCAUCCAGAGCUCUGUCCAUCAGAAGAAAGUGAUGAGGUACUUGCACCAGAACCGGACUCUGUUGUUCUUGGACAUCGAAAUGCCUAAGUUGAGUCUACAAAUGCAAAAUGAUGUAAUUCUGGACUUUGAACUUUAAAUUUGCUUUUUGUAAUUCAGUUAUUUAAAUUAAUUUUUUAAUUGAGCAUUUUGGUUACUGUGCCAAUACCUGCUGCUUUGUUACAGUCAUCUGUAAAAAAAGGCUUUAUGUACUGUGACUCAGCUACUGUCUCUGCUCCAAAGAAACUAGCUGGAUUAACGGCUAUGUGUUUUGUGAUCCAUUAUAGAGAAGCCAUGAUACAGUCUUCUCAAAAUGAUUUCAUACAUUUCAGGUGGUUACAAGAAGAAUGCCAAUGCAUUUACAGCCCUUCAGAUAAUAUUAAUAAUAAUGAAAUUAUAUUAAAUAUUUUAUUACUAUACUACACAACAUUGUGUAGAAUCUGAUGAUAAUUUGUAUAUAUGUCUUCUCAGUGUACCCACAUUAAAAUUUUUGAUUGUGACAGUUGUUAGAAUGAUAUUUGUAUUAGCAGCAUGUUUGGUUAACUGUUCUAAAUAAUACAUUACAACUUCUACUUUUUGUAUCAAGUGUUGUUCCAGUUUUAUGAUGAACAUGCACCCAGAUUUGUAUGUUGCAAUUUUUGAUGGAGAUCAUACAUUUUACAUUUUUUGAGUACUCAGCACAGAGCAGUCAAAGAACCAAACAGCAAAAAAAGCCUUUACUCUGAAAAGACAACUUAAGAAAUGGCUUCAAAAAUUGAAAUAAAUUAUUUACAUCAA